AGGAGAAAGAAAAUUAACAAGAAACAGGAGAAGCAAGACAGUGCUUUCCGCAUCUCAGUAUUUUAAAUCACUUUAUAUCUAAAAAUACUAUUGAAAUUAAUGGAGAAACGCCUUGAAAUGGGAAAAUUUGCAUUUGAAACUUAAAAGUGAAAGAUUUCUAAGAUUAAUUUCAGUUUCUGUAUAAGUAAAACUAAAUGCAACUUUCUAAAAUUAGGAAAACAUUACACAAUCGCAUCAGUGUACAAACCUUCCCCAAAUACUUCUGUAAAAUGUGAGGGUUUAGAAGGCCCUGGAAUUUUUAAAAGAAUCGGUUCAACCGGUUCACAAAACCUGAACGACUAAGAUUGGAGUCAUUCAACCCAGAACGAUCCCUGCGUCCCAAUAUGCAUACUAUCCAUCCUAUCUUCCCUAAAUAGUAUUGAAAAUUACUAAUAUCACAUAGAACUUAAGAUGAAAAGUAUGCACAUUGGGACGCAGACCGUCUCUCAUUCAGACCCGAUUCGUAACGAGCCUAGAAGUGAAUAUGAGGACUUGACUGAUGUAAGAGACAAGUUACUUUAAUAGCUGAAUAGCAGAAAUGUUACACACUGGAAAUAUGUUUACGACAUGGUCAACAAGUAUACGGAAUAAAUAGUAUUUUAUUAAAUCGUUCCUUAGAUUCUUUUCGAAGAAGAGAUGAGUUUUAGAAAUGAGAAUUGUUAUUAUAAUGUGCUAAUUAUAUUUAUAGGUUUCAUAUGAAUAUUCGCAUGCUCGCAUCUCAGCUUGUCUAACAGACAUUUCUUGCUGGAUGAAGGACCAUCACCUUCAACUCAGCCUGGCUAAGACAGAACUGCUUGUGGUUCCAGCAAACCCAUCGUUUCAUCACAAUUUCACCAUCCGGUUAGGCACAUCAACCAUAACUCCUUCAAAAACAGCCAGAAACCUUGGAGUUAUAAUUGAUGAUCAGUUGACUUUCUCGGACCGCAUUGCUAAAACUGCCCAGUCCUGCAGAUUUGCUUUAUUUAACAUCAAGAAGAUCAGGCCCUUUCUUUUGAAACAUGCUUCACAAGUCCUUGUUCAGGCUCUUGUUCUGUCCAGGCUGGACUAUUGCAAUGCUCUCUUGGCAGGUCUUCCAGCCAGUUCUAUCAAACCUCUACAAUUAAUCCAGAAAAUGACAGCAAGAUUCAUUUUUAAUGAGCCAAAAAGAACGCAUGUCACACCUCUGUUUAUCAAUUUGCACUUGCUACCAAUAACUGCUUGCAUAAAAUUCAAGGCAUUGAUGUUUGCCUACCAAACCACCACUUCAUUACUUCAGACUUAUGUGCCUCUAGAAGCUUGCGUUCUGCAAGUGAACGUCGCUUUAUUGUUCAUCCCAAAGAGGCACAAAAUCACUUUCAAUGACUUUUUCAUUAACUGUUCCCUCCUGGUGCAAUGACCUGCCCAACUCAAUCCCAGCAGCUGAGUCCUUAGCCAUCUUCAAGAAACGGCUAAAACACAUCUCUUCCAUCUUUAUUUGACCCUCUAGCACUCUCUAUUCUAAUUCUAUUCUAUUCUAAGACUUGCUUUUUCUAACUGCUUGUUUUCUUUUUAAAAAAACUUAACACUAUAGCUUCUCUAUUCUUUUUGUAUUCUAUUUGUUUUCUUUUUAGUUAUUAUACAAUUUAAAAAAAGCAAAAAAAAAAAGCUCUUUUUCUAUUCAAUCUGUUUUCAAUUUAUUAUAUAAUAAUAAUAAAAAUAAAAACUUGCUACGUGUAUUGCGUUAAGCUAACUGAGACUUAACACUCGCAUGUCUUUCCUCUUUUGUUGAGUUUUGUCGCAUGUUGUCCUCAUUUGUAAGUCGCUUUGGAUAAAAGCGUCUGCUAAAUGUAAAUGUAAUGAAUGUGUUUAAAUUAUUUGCAACAUGAAACUGAAAUAAACAUUCUUGUAUAAAAUAUUAAAAUCCAAAUCAUAUUGAGAUGUGAGAUCGGAUCUCCAGUCACUCGCUACUAGUAUCAAUUUAGAGUUUUCUUUUAUAAACAUGACAAAUGUAGUAGAGAACAAAUUAAAAGAGAAAAAGUUGAUAAAUGGGUUUAUCGACAGUUAACAGAUGGAUGUUAUAUUGAAAUCACACUGGACCAAUCAUAGUUGUCGAAUUGGCGCAUGCGCAGUAGAUCAAUCUAUCUAGCAACAGAAGCUAAUGGAAAGAGAGGAUCGUCUGUUUUAAAGAUGGAGGCUCGUAAGUGGAGCGUGGCGGCCGCAGGACGCGUGAUAAUGGACGCGGUGCAGGCGGAGUGGGAGCCGCUGUCCCACUGGGAGCUGGACCAGCGACUGGACCGAGCGGUGGAGGAAAUGAUAGAGGCUGACCUGGUGGCCCAGGUCCAGGAGCAGACAGCCUCUGUGUCGAAGCAAGCCUCUCAACAGGAGGAUUCAUCGCCAGCAGAUCAGACUCGCCAGCCGUCAGAGUCCAGGAGCGCUCAGGAGUCCGCCCUGCAGCGCGCACAUGCUACCGAAGCCAUGGAGGCAAAUCCUACAGUACAGUAUGUGACAAAUUUUCUGCAAAGCUCCAACACGGGCUACAGCAAGAACCGAUUGUCUGGAAGAGCUCGACUGUCCUUGUCUCACACUGUCCUCCUGUCCCUCACCCUCCUGUCCAAACGCAUCAGCUAUCGCAGCGUGUCCUCUAGUUUCCAUCUGGAGAAGGGGAAUAUUCACAGGAUCUUCUUCUCUUUCUGUGAUCAAGUGAUCACACAAAAGGAUCGGCUCAUUCAGUGGCCUACAGGACAGGAGGCCUUACAACAUCUGCUUCCUUUCUCCAGCUGGCUGAGUCGCAAUGAGGGUCUGGAAGAGCGAGGUCUCCCUCGAGUGCUCGGCGUGCUGGGCGACACACGCAUCCCCAUCCGCCUGCCUGCUGGGAAACCAGACAGCGAGAGUGACGCUCCGGAAGCCAAGAAAUCUAAGAACGAACCACAUCCAGAUUCAUGGCUGAACUUGGAACUGGUCUGCAAUGACAAAGGUCGCUUCAUUUACUGCCACAUCAGCAAAGGAUCAGAAAAAGACAGAGGAAGCACGCUGGCUGAAAGGAUUCGGCAAAACCCUGAGAUGUUGCCUCCAGGGACCUGCCUGAUAGCCGGAGUCGGAUACCCGCUCACAGAACAAAUACUUACUCCGUUCUCAACAGGUCAUAACCCGCAGGAAAACCUCUACAAUCGAUCGGUGGGGAGCCAUUUAGGCCGAAUAAACCAGGCUGUGGCGGACUUAAAAGAGCGUUUCCAGAAAUUGAGAUACUUGGAUAUGGGUAACUACGACAGGGCGAAAGCGGUGGUUCUGACUGCUUGUAUAUUACACAAUGUUUUUCUGGACAUGGGGGACGUGACAAAGGGACUGCUAGAGAGAAACACUCCAGAAGGUGUGGACGAGGUAAACGAAGAUGCUGCUGGGGUGAAAAUGAGAGAGACUGUAGUUAACCUGCUUUACAGCACAUUGGAAGCAGCACCAAAAUGAGAUUUUCACACUGAUUUGCAUAUUUAAAGGGAUAGUUCACCCCCAAAAAAAGAAAUUGUCAUCAUUUACUCCUCAUUCUAAACCCAUGUGACUUUCAUUCUUCUUUGGAACACAAUUUAUCAUUUUUUGUCCAUCCGUUCAAAUUUCACAAAGCCAAAACUUUCACUCAUCAAAAAGUAAAAAAUUACAUUUUAAACAUAAACCAAGAGAUGUACGAAUCAAGAGCAUUACGUGUUCUGAAGGAAAACAACUGCUUUAUAUAAUUUAUUACAGAUUUAUAUUAAGGCAAAUGAAUAAAAUCAUCAAUUAAAUGUUUUUCAUAUAGAGUAGGGGUGUCAAACUCAGUUCCUGGAGGGCCGGAGCCUCAAGGACUUGAUUAGUGGGAUCAGGUUUGUUUAAUUAGGGUUAAAUCUAAACUCUGCAGAGUUUGACACCCCUGAUAUAGUGUAAAUAAAUAAAAAGUGAACUUUUUGAACCAUCAAAGUUUUGAUGGAAUGGAGCAAGGUUUCAUUAAAAAUG